CGAGCAAAAGGCGAAACACUACACGCUACACUGCUCGUCGACGACAACAGUCAAUCACAUAUAAACAAUGGCAAAGCGUACCAGAAAGGUCGGCAUCACCGGAAAGUACGGUACCCGUUACGGAGCUUCGUUGCGUAAAGAUGUGAAGAAGAUGGAAAUCACACAGCACGCGCGAUACGUCUGCACAUUUUGUGGAAAGAAUGCUAUUAAGCGUACCGUUGUCGGUAUCUGGAAGUGCGGAGGUUGUCAAAAGACCAUUGCUGGCGGUGCUUGGACUGUUUCCACAACUGCUGCGGCGACUGUGCGUUCUACUAUCCGUCGUCUUCGCGAGAUUCAAGAGGUGUAAAUUGCAUCUUCCUGCUCACGCGUUUUCCGUUCUGCAUAAAACGUCUCAAGUUGACUUCAGUCACUCUCUUCAUGAAGCAGAGA